CAUUCCCUAGACUCUGUAGCUUUGUCCCCCUGCUUUUCCUGCUGGUGGGUCUCUACCCUUCCCUCCCCUGGGGUAGGAUCGGUCCUUCCCGGGUCCACAGCAGCCUGUGGGAAGCCUACCUCACCCCUGCUCCGCCCCAAGCCCCUCCUCCAGCCUCCCCCCUCCUGUGCUCUUAUCCUGACCCCCAAGGUGGGGGGGGGGAGGAGGGAAUGGGAGAGAAGGGUGCUGCGCUGGUGAACCGCAGGCCGCACAGGAGUGGCCAGCGGCUGCAGGAGAGGCGGGAAGGCGGGGACACGGUGGGAUGCGGGGUAUAAACGCGCGGCGGCUGAGCGCCAGCGGAGAAUCCACGGAGUCCAGCAAAGCCGCGCUCCAGACCUUGUGGCGCAUCCCAGGAGGGCAGCCGGGAGGAGAGUCACUGCCCCAUCCCUGGGCGCAAUCCCAGAGGGUGGCUGGGAGGAAGAGGGCGGCAAUGCGCUCCUUGGCCACGUCCGGGCCCAACGCGUCCUGGUGGGCGCUGGCCAACGCAUCCAGCUGUCCCGGCUGUGGCGCCAACGACUCGGACGGCCCGGCCCCGGCGCCGUGGCCCGUGGACGCCUGGCUAGUGCCGCUCUUCUUUGGCGCGCUGAUGCUGCUGGGCCUGGCAGGGAACUCGCUUGUCAUCUUCGUCAUCUGCCGCCAGAAGCAGAUGCGGACGGUGACCAACUUCUACAUCGCCACCCUGCUGGUCACUGGGACAAAGGCGAGGCCCAGUGGGCUGGGCCAGGGCGCUGGGGCGCUAGGCAGAUGCACCCCACAUCUAGCACCCGCGCGUCCCCCGCCUGCAGCCAACCUGGCAGUCACAGACUUGACGUUCCUGCUGUGCUGCGUGCCCUUCACCGCUCUGCUCUACCCGCUGCCCGCCUGGGUGCUGGGCGACUUCAUGUGCAAGUUCCUCAACUACAUCCAGCAGGUCUCGGUGCAGGCCACGUGCGCCACCCUGACCGCCAUGAGCGUGGACCGCUGGUACGUGACUGUGUUCCCGCUGCGCGCCCUGCACCGCCGCACGCCCCACCUGGCGCUGGCUGUCAGCCUCAGUAUCUGGGCGGGCUCCGCGGCCGUGUCCGCGCCGGUUCUCGCCCUACAUCGCCUCUCGCCCGGACCGCGCACCUACUGCAGCGAGGCUUUCCCCAGCCGCUCCUUCGAGCGCGCCUUCGCGCUGUACAACCUGCUGGCGCUCUACCUGCUGCCGCUGGUCGCCACCUGCGCCUGCUACGGGGCCAUGCUGCGCCACCUGGGCCGGUCCGCCGUGCGCCCCGCGCCCGGCGACAGCGCCCUGCAGGGGCAGCUGCUGGCGGAGCGAGCGGGCGCUGUGCGGGCCAAGGUCUCGCGGCUGGUGGCGGCCGUGGUCUUGCUCUUCGCCGCCUGCUGGGGCCCCAUCCAGCUGUUCCUGGUGCUGCAGGCGCUAGGCCCGGCGGGCGCCUGGCAUCCGCGCAGCUACGCAGCUUACGCGCUCAAGAUCUGGGCGCACUGCAUGUCCUACAGCAACUCGGCGCUGAACCCCCUGCUCUACGCCUUCCUGGGCUCCCACUUCCGUCAGGCCUUCCGCCGCGUCUGCCCCUGCGCUCCCCGGCGGCCCCGCCGGUCGGGACCCUCGGACCCGGCCGCCCCCCAAACCGAGCUGCACCGCCUGACCGCCCACCAGGCCCCCACCAGGCCCCCGAAGCCAGGCAGCGGUGGGCUGGGGCCGCGCAGGCUGUGUGUCCUGAGGGAGCACGCUGCCCCUCUCUGAGCCCUCUCUGGGGGCAUCAAGAUGAGCCCCUCUGGAACAGGAGCUGCUGUAAUUCUGCUAUUAAUGUCUUUAUUUUUGUCCAUGUUCAUCAUAGUGAGAAUGUUCUGAGCUCUUGUAAAGC